AUGGCAUUUUCAAACGGGUUCUUCACUGAUGCUUCUCGCGAUAUGGAUCGUAUAAUGUCCAUAUUUGACAACCCAAAUUGGUUCAAUGUUUCUCGAAACUCUUUUAGCUCUGUCAGUAGUUCAUUCGGUUCCUUCAUGCGUUUUCCUGCUACCGAUAUUCAUGAAACUCCAGAAGGCUUUGAACUGCAAACUGAGUUACCUGGUUAUGACAAAAAAGACAUCAAUAUUGAAAUUGCUGAUAGCCGUACUCUGCUCCUCAGUGGUUCCUCACAAAAUCACCAUAGUGCUUAUUCUUUAGCACAACAGCAACAACAGACUGCCUUUAUAGAAACCAACAAGAACCCUAACUAUUGGACCAACCCGAGAAGCUCCAGUAGUUUUCAAAGAUCAAUCAGCUUUCCUGUUCCCAUCAAUGUCUCUGAUAUCAAGGCUUCUUACGAAAAUGGUGUCUUGAAGGUCUAUAUUCCAAAAGCUUCUGAUGAAAAUAGAAGGCGUAUUGUCAUUCAUUAA